AUGGCGGACGGAUUGAGAGAAGAUGGAGAGACGUCACUAGAAAGUCUCCUUGUUUCUCGAUCUGUCGUCCCACCAGGGUCGCCUAUAAAAUUCACAAAGUCUGGUAAGACAGUGAGGAUACCGGUGACGAGAAUUCGUUGUGGAAAGUGGGAUUUUCGUGCAGAAGAAAGGUGGUUGGAAUACCAACCUACAUCGACUGGAAUUGUUGUAGUAUUUCGCGACCGGCAACAUUUUGACCACGAAGAAUGUGUUAUGUUCAAUCUACUGGAUAUUUCUGCAGCAGAUUUAAGAGUAACUGCRAAAUUUGGAAGUCUAGAUGCUAUGAGCGCCAUUUUGACAYUAGAAUGUGGAAAAGCAAUUCAGAUCACGGGAAGCGACCACAAUCUUGAAUGCACAACACAUGUCAUGGAGAUCACRUUUCAUGUSAACUACACUGGUCAGGUCAGAGACGUUUUGCGAUCYCUACGGCAGGCGAAACUAUGUGAAGACACCCCCGCAACGGCUCCAAGCGGGAGCGAUGUUGAGCAAUUCAGUGAGACUUUCAGGGAAGGUCUCCCGGAUUGGGUGUUGUACAUCCCCCGCCGCCUAUACACACCUUCUUCGAGGCGUGCUGUUGAAACUAUUUUAACAUUCUACACCAUCUUUUCCAUUUUGUGGGCUUUGUGGCAGCUAUAUCGUCAUGUGGAUUUUAUUAGGGCAUACGUUCGACCUGUCAUUGACGCCUUGAUAUCGCAUAUUCGUACGCUUGACAAACUAAUACAAGUCGCAAACACUCUCUUGGAAAAAUUCACUCAACAAUGGCUAAGCUACUUUAAACCCGUGUGYGUUAUAAUAACAUCUUUUGCUACACCUUUGAUUAGCUUGGGYAAACACUUUUUGACUGCAUUUCUUAGUGUUUACUCCGUCAUCAAAGUUGUUUUUCAACCUUUUGUUAGCGUUUUUCAGCCGUUGUUUAACGCGUUGUUCACGGUUAUCAAAGUACCAGCUUCUAUAUUCCGACAAAUCUACGAUGUUUUCCACUCCGUGGGCAUUGUGGUGUACGAAAGUUUGUACUCGACUCAAGCAGCCCAGCUGUUAAGGAAUUGUUCACAGACAAUGGGAGAAAUAAUUGAACGAAGCAUGAGACUAGAUCCUUUGAAAGCUCAGCUGAUUCUAAUGCGUUCAAAUGUACURAACAGUGGCAAAGCCUUGUGUCAUGGCUUUGUUUAUAUUUAUAAGAGCGUAGAGAGAAGGGUGUGGUAUGUAUUUUGGAGAACUACCGAGGAAAAGGAAGACUAAAUAAUAUAUUGAAAUAUGAAUUUUAAAUUYAAAAUCUUGUGAGACAAUCAUGAGAUUUUUGAAGGCCAACCCAUAGCAAUCUUAURACAUCAAUAAAUUAUUAAUUUAAACCUCUGU